AUGACCAGGACUAUGUGUAAACAAUGUAGAUUUACUAAAUGCUUAGCCAUCGGAAUGAAACCAGAAUUAAUACGAAGUACUGAAGAAAACCAAAUGAGACAACAAUUGAUUGAAGAAAAUAAGGCUAAACAACGAGAGAUAUAUGAAAAAAGUGUUGAUUCUGUGGAUCUGUUACCGGAAUCUAAAGGGUUGACCACAGCUUCCCCUCGAAGUGAAGUGUUGAACGGAUUCUUGAAUGACUUAAUUGAAAAUACAGUGAAUAUUAGUGAUGAAGAGAUUACUAAUCAGAUAAAAGACAUUGAGAGUAGUGUAAUGUCUGAGAUCAGUAGUGUCACUGAAGUUGCAGCUCCAGAUCCUCAACUAGUGAUCGCACCGCUAUUCCCAGUGAUCAGCAAUUAUCACUCGUGGAACCAAUUGGAGUCAAUCCGUAUAAAAGAACUGUUGAACGCCUCGAAACUUCUUGACUAUCCGUUGAGUGAAAAUAUACUCAAAGUCCAUACGUUUAAAGAUAUGGUUCGCGAGUUUGAAUACAGUAUGGAAAACAUUAUUAAAGAUAUGAUCGGUUUUACCAAACGUUUGAAUGGAUUCAAGAGCUUCUGUUCGGACGAUCGGUGGACUCUCAUGAAGAAUGGAUGCAUUGAAAUGAUUAUAUUGAGACUAUCGCUGAGUUAUAAUGACGAGGGUCAGACUUUCUGGGUGCAUGUGAUUGGGAAUUUGACCGCUAUAGUACUUUACAAUCCUAAUCAUCCAAAUCUCAAACAUAAACAAAAAGUGAAUAUAUUGAACAGCCGUAAUUUCGCGGCAAAUGCUUGCGAGUCGUGUAAAGCAUUUUUCCGACGAGUGGUUCGUCUCAAUAAACAAUACGAGUGUCCGUCAAAUGGUAAAUGUGUGAUCAGUAUCACGACUAGGACUACGUGUAAACAGUGUCGACUCAAUAAAUGUUUAGCCGUCGGAAUGAAACGGGAAUUCAUACGAAGUGAUGAUGAAAACAAAAUGAGGCGACAAUUGAUUGCUGAAAAUAAAGCUAAACGACGAGAAAAAUACGAUAAAAGUGUGAAUAGUGUGGACACCCCUCCCGAGUUAACCAUACCUUACCCUCAGACUGAAGACAUCAAUGAAUUCUUAAACGACUUAUUUGUAAAUACAGUCAAUACUAGUGAUGAGGAGAUUAACAAACAGACAACAGAUAAUAAUGUAAUGUUAGAGGCAAGUAGUAUCCCAGAAAUAGCACCACAAGACUCUCAAGAACUAGCGAUCGCACCGGUAUUCCCAGUGAUCAACGAUUAUCACUCGUGGAACCAAUUGGAGUCAAUCCGUGUGAGAGAACUGUUGAGUGCAUCCGAUGUCACUGAAGACCCGUUGAGUAAACAUGACUUAACAGUCCAUACAUUUAAGCAAAAAAUAUGUGCGACUGAAACCCGAAUGGAGGACUGGAUUAAAGAUAUGAUAGGUUUCACCAAAAGUCUCAAUGGAUUCAAGAGGUUCUGA